GGGGUGGGGAAGGAGGAGAAAGGGGCGGAGGAUGGAGACCGGGAGGGACCUGGAUCCCCGGCUGAGGUCGAGAUCGAGGUCCAGGUCGGGCCCACUCUAUACCCUCUGGGAUGAUCUCCGGGGAGGACGACGGGCAGAAAAGCCCGGGGAGGGACCCUGAGCACCAGGUUACCACCAAAGAACAUGAUAUUCUAGGGGCUUCAGUUUCCGAAGCUGAAAAAUACCAGAAUACUCACCAGCUAGAACAAGAAGUGAGAAAUCAAGAUAAACUAAUCUCUACACUGAAAUUACAGAUUGAAGAUCUCAAACAGACAAAUCAUGGCUUGGAAGAAUAUGUUAGGAAACUCUUGGAUAGUAAAGAGGUGGUAAGCAGUAAAGUAGAUGAUUUAACCAGCCGCAAUGAGCAUCUUUGUAAAGAAUUGAUUAAAAUUGACCAACUAGCAGAACAACUAGAAAAAGAGAAAAAUUUUGUGGUGGAUACUGCCGACAAGGAACUUGAAGAAGCAAAGAUUGAACUCAUUUGCCAGCAAAGUAAUAUAAUAGUACUGGAAGAUACAAUAAAAAGGCUUAGAUCUAUAAUUUUAGAGACUGAAAAAGCACAAAAUAAAUCUCCUUCUAGACUUGACUCCUUUGUCAAGACGUUAGAAGCAGACAGAGAUUACUAUAAGAGUGAAGCUCAAAAUUUGAGAAAGAUGAUCAGAAGCAGAUCUAAAAGUCCAAGACGCCUGUCUCCAUCAUUCCGGGGUACGAACUGUGAUGUAGAGCUUUUGAAGACAACAAGAGAUCAUGAAGAACUUAAAUGCAUGCUGGAAAAAUAUGAGCGUCAUUUGGCAGAAAUUCAGGGUAAUGUCAAGGUUCUUACCUCUGAAAGAGACAAGACCUUUCUUCUUUAUGAGCAGGCACAGGAGGAAAUUGCCCGACUUCGACGAGAAAUGAUGAAAACCUGUAAGUCUUCUAAGUCAACAACAGCACAUGCCAUCCUCCGGAGGGUAGAGACUGAAAGAGAUGUGGCCUUCACUGAUUUACGAAGAAUGACGUCAGAACGAGAUAGUCUGCGGGAAAGGCUGAAGAUUGCCCAAGAGACAGCAUUUAAUGAGAAGGCUCAUUUGGAACAAAGGAUAGAGGAGCUGGAGUGUACAGUUCAUAAUCUUGAUGAUGAACGUAUGGAGCAAAUGUCAAAUAUGACUUUGAUGAAGGAAACCAUAACCACAGUGGAAAAGGAAAUGAAAUCACUAGCAAGAAAGGCAAUGGAUACUGAAGGUGAACUUGGCAGACAAAAAGCAGAGAAUAAUUCUUUGAGACUUUUAUAUGAAAACACAGAAAAAGAUCUUUCUGAUACUCAGCGACACCUUGCUAAGAAAAAAUAUGAGCUACAGCUUACUCAGGAGAAAAUUAUGUGCUUGGAUGAAAAAAUUGAUAAUUUCACAAGGCAGAGUAUUGCCCAACGAGAAGAAAUCAGUAUUCUGGGUGCAACCCUCAAUGAUCUGGCUAAAGAAAAGGAAUGCCUGCAAGCAUGUUUGGAUAAAAAAUCUGAGAAUAUUGCAUCUCUUGGAGAGAGUUUGUCAAUGAAAGAAAAGACCAUUUCAGGCAUGAAGAAUAUCAUUGCUGAGAUGGAACAGGCAUCAAGACAGUCUACUGAAGCCCUAAUUAUGUGUGAACAAGACGUUUCCAGAAUGCGUCGGCAAUUGGAUGAAACAAAUGACGAGCUGGCUCAAAUUGCCAGGGACAGAGAUAUCUUGGCUCAUGAGAAUGACAAUCUCCAAGAACAGUUUUCUAAAGCUAAACAGGAAAACCAGGCCCUGUCUAAAAAGUUGAAUGAUACUCAUAAUGAACUUAAUGACAUAAAACAGAAGGUACAAGAUACUAAUUUGGAGGUUAACAAACUGAAGAAUAUAUUAAAGUCAGAAGAAUCUGAGAGCCACCAAAUGAUGGACCAACUCCGAAAAGCCAGUGAAGAUGCUGAAAACUGGGAAAAUAAGGCCCGUCAAGCAGAGGCAGAUAACAAUACCCUCAAAUUAGAAUUUAUCACUGCUGAGGCAGAGGGUAACAGAUUAAAAGAAAAAGUAGAUUCCCUCAAUAGAGAGGUUGAGCAGCACUUAAAUGCAGAAAGGUCUUAUAAAUCCCAGAUGGCUACAUUACACAAAUCUCUUGUAAAGAUGGAAGAGGAGCUUCAGAAGGUUCAGUUUGAAAAAGUGUCUGCCCUUGCAGAUUUAUCUUCCACAAGGGAACUUUGUAUCAAACUUGACUCAAGCAAAGAACUUCUCAAUAGGCAGUUGGUUGCUAAAGAUCAAGAAAUAGAAAUGAUGGAGAAUGAAUUAGAUUCUGCUCGUUCUGAAAUAGAACUACUAAAGAGUCAGAUGACAAAUGAGAGAAUCUCCAUGCAGAAUCUAGAAGCUUUGCUGGUGGCCAAAAGAGACAAAGAAUAUCAGUCUCAGAUAGCACUUCAAGAAAAAGAAUCUGAAAUUCAGCUUCUUAAAGAACACCUUUGUUUGGCAGAAAAUAAAAUGGCCAUCCAGAGUAGAGAUGUGGCCCAGUUCAGAAAUGUUGUUACACAAUUGGAAGCUGAUUUAGACAUUACCAAAAGACAACUAGGGACAGAGCGCUUUGAAAGGGAGAGGGCUGUGCAAGAACUUCGCCGCCAAAAUUACUCAAGUAAUGCUUAUCACUUGAGUUCUACAAUAAAGCCAAAGACAAAAUGUCAUUCACCAGAACAUGCUCACCAUCGAUCUCCUGACCGAGGCCUAGAUCGAUCAUUAGAAGAGAAUCUUUGUUAUAGAGAUUUCUGAGAUCUGAGAAGAUUCUUCACAUCCUUGGGAAAGGUCAAAGUUACAAACUGAUUUUUUUUGCUGUAUGAUUGCAUUUAUCUUUUGAAUGCUUGACAAUGUUAAAUGUUUUUAUUAACUUUGUGCCUCUGAAUCUCUGUUUUCAUGUGCCGUAUCACAGUGAUGUGCCUUCUAAAAACAGAAAUGCAUAUAUAUGGCUCUUUCUGUCCGCACAGUAAUAGUGAGUGUAAAACUGCUUACUUCACUAUUGAACACUGUUAUGUUAACUAUCCGGAGUAAAUAAAAAAGCUUAUAAAAAGAGGGAGAAGUGUUCUUACAAAACUGAUUUCCUUUCCUUUCUUGGUAUCUCAAAUAAUUGGUUGAAUUUUUUCUUUGUAAUUUAUGCUUUCAUGGCUGGAGAAGUUGUGUCAAAACAGGCACAGUUCACCCCUACUGGUCUGGGACCCAGUGUUCCAUUUUGGAACCAACCUGAUGUAAAUUCCAAGCUAUAAUCUGAUUUUAAAACAGCAGACGGAGUGUGUCAGGGUUUUAAAAUCCAUAGUAUUGUACCACUAAUUAACAUACAUUUUCUACAAUCGUGUUUACCCCUACUAUUUUUAGAAAGGUA